CAGAAACUCUCUGGCUCUCAGUAUUGUUUCAUUCCGCCGAAAGCUAAGCGUCGUGGUCGAUAAUUGCGAUGGCUUCGCACCUCAGAUAUCUGGCGCGGCCGCAGCUGACCUGUUUUCAGCCAACGUCACUCGGUCUCCGAUCCUCCAUACCAAUUCUCCCGCUAUCACGAUGCUUUUCUACAACGUCGCCGGCUUUUGACUGGCUCACACCGAAACAGCCGGAAACAUCAAAGUCUCCUAAAGGCCGUCCACAUGUCGCGACCGGAGGUUCAUCGCGAGGGACAACGGUGGUGUGGGGAGACUACGGACUUCGGAUGAAAGACCAUGACCGCCGAGUGCCGGCCUCUUCGCUCAAGAUUGCGGAAGAGACUAUCAAAAGGCGUCUUAGGGGAAUGAACUACACAUUAUACAAGCGCGUGAGCGCCAACAUUGGUGUUUACACCAAGGGAAACGAGCAGCGUAUGGGUAAGGGUAAAGGUAAAUUCGAUUACUGGACUGCGAAGGUCGGUGUGAGCAGGAUUGUCUUCGAACUCAAGGGCAAUAUUCACGAAAAGGUUGCGCGAGAAGCCUUCCGUCUAGCAGGUCACAAGUUACCCGGUCUCUGGGAAUUCGUGAACAAGGACGAUCCGCCAGUUGUUGGCUUAACAAAGCUCGGCAAUGGUGUCACACUGGAAAGCCUGAAGCGACCUCGAAGAGCUACACCUCUCGGAACCAAGGAUAUGCCCAAUCCUCCAAAGUCUACAUCUUCCAGUCCCUCGGCGUCGCAAUAAAUAAGAUUAUCGCAUUCUACCCCUACCAUUUCUGGCCUGGCCCCCUCGGCACCUACGCACCAACACCAGAACCAGGGCCAUACCCUUGUUCUCUCCUAGACUUGGCAGCGUCGUCUUCGGUUUCAACCUUUAAGUAUCAUGUACAUUAUCAUCAGCUUUGGGCUCUCUUUUGUCUUAUUAUCACAUAAAGAGGUGUCGCAUAUAGGAGUUCAUAGGGAAAGGAAAUACCGGUCCUCUGUUUGUAUAGCCGGAUAUGCCAGAAGUGCCUUCUCCGAGUUCGAGCUUAUGCGCCAAUUGGGCCUCCUCCCUUUUAGCCUUUGCCUCACUAUGGUCGCCCGUAAUUCUCGUUCUCAUUUCGCUCUUGGUGUGU